AUGGCCCUCUACUCUCAGACCUAUCAACAGCACUUCGGUUCAAUGUCCCUACCAUCAGCCCUCGAAGCGAAACUCUCCCAUCCUCCUGCUGACGUCUGCCGCAACGUCAGUGCCUGUCUCGCUGAGCUACACAGUCUACGCUCCGUAUUUCACCGCCACUGGACACGCAUGGAUGUCCCGCGUGCCGCUCUCGGUGUGAUCACCUUCCUUGGCGGUCUUCUCACCCUCCUCCAUCUCGAUUUCCCCCCGCAACAGGCCUCACUUCACCUCUUUGCUUUCGGCUUCCCUCUCCUCCUGCUCGUCAGUCUGCCUCUCAGUCUGCUGACAGACUUUGUUGGCCUCUGUCUCUCUAUGCCCCUGACUACCGGUUGGACUCUAACCUGUCUCUACUCGCUCAGCAGGAUGGUUGCAUCCCAACGACGACGAGGCGGU